AUGGCUUCUAAACAAGACCGCAUUUCUGAUGCAAUGAAAGAAAGAAUUAUUCAGUUAGAAAAAGAGCUGUGUCAGUGCAAACAUCACCUUUCUGAGUCAGUUCAACAAAAAGAAGCACUUGAAUGUGAUAUAGACGCUUUGCAGAAGGAGGCACAUGAUGUUGUCGCUCAAUGGGUUGCGAAGUCUAGUGAACUGCAGACGAAACUAGAUGAAUCGUUGUCGCAAAUUGGGGCUUUAAAAAAUGAUCUGCUUAUAAGUAAGAAUAGAAAUGAUGAUCUCCAGCAUUGUUUAAAAGAUGCAGAUGCGGCAAAUUGCUUACAAGUCGAGGAGUUACAUCGUCUUAAAAAAGCUCAAGACGAUCAUGCUGCAAGGUUGGCAGCAAUCGAAAAAGAUUUUGCUUCUGCAUCGCAGCAGAAUAUUCAUUACGAAAAUCUUGUAAGCAAGAUGGAUUUGGAAAUGAAACAGGUUGUAGAAGAGGUGAAUUCCUUGAGAAAGGAGAGGGAUACGCUGGUUGAGACUGCGGCUGAACUUCGAGAAGAGAAUUGUCGCUUAGAAGCAGCUCAUUUUAAGGCAAAAAACUUUAUUGGACUUCUUGAGGAUAAAUUAGCUGGCCGUCAACAGUUGCUGCAUCAGUUUUCUUAUAAAAUGUUACUUGAUGAAGAGGAGCGUCACGCUAGGGAUGAAAUUGUUUUUCAGUGGGGAACACUCUACGUAAACGUCAUUUUGGCUGAAGCAAAGCACCAUAUUCAAAGUAAUUCUUUUUUACAAACGAAGCACCAGGAGCUUGAAGAGGAAAUAAAUCUUUUGCGCAAAGAAAAGACUUUGCUUGAAACAGAAUUCCAUAAAAAGUCUAAUGAAUUGUCAUCCUUGCGUCAGGAGUAUGAUAAAACGACUGGUGAUCUGUCUCAACAUGUGUGUUUAUUAGAACAAGAUAUAGCAGAACUUCAAGAUGCGCAAAUUGGCCAAAAACAGAUUGUGGAGCUCUUACAAAAGGAGCUUGAACUUUCUACUGCGCAAAACGAGCUUAAUAAAUCAUUAAAGGAAGAUCUUUCCACUGAGUUUAAGGCAGUAAAAGAUUGCUACUCUUCAUUACUUUUGGAGUAUAACGAGCUGAGAGUAAACGAGCAAAGGCGUCAACAAGAGCUUAAUGCAAAAAUCACGUUUUUGACUGAGGAAAACAAAAACAUUAGGGCUGAAAACGAUGCUUGUUUCCAGGAAGUUAUGAAGGAAAACACAAACCUCCGUGUAUAUUUGGCAUCCACAGAAAGAAAUAACUUGGAACAUAUAGAGCGUGGGGAGAGGCUGACCGUGGAGGUGUUUCAGAGCAAUGAAUGGGCGUUACUGUUUUCUGAUUACAGCGCUCGGUUGGUGAAUUGGUUAAAUGAGAGCAAUGAGCAAAUUUGGACUAUGCGCAAAGAAAUGAAUUUAAAGGAGACUUCUUUGAAGGAAAAGGAGGAUAUGAAUUGCGCUCUAUGCGAAAAACUAGAUGCAUUGGAAAAAGGAUUUUCCUCGAAGCAAAAUGAUAUCACGCAAUUAGAGUCCAAAGUGGUGGAGUUGUCAUCUGAGCUAAAAUCUUCGAAAGAAACUUGUGAGGAGACUGUCAACGACAACACUUGGCUUAAAGAACAGGUAGAGACCAUGCGAAGAGAGCUAGGUGAACUCGACGAAUUGCUGAACUCUAAUCUUAACGAAAUGAGGGAAGAUUCCGAACGACAGCAAAUGGAACACGAAAGACUAAUAAAAGAGAUUCACCGUUACGAAGACCUUAUUCGACAGUCCCAAGAGAAGAGUAAUUUGUUGGAUGAACGCUGUCACAUUCUUUCUACUGAUAACGAGGCAAUUUCCAAAACCCUGUUGCUAACCGAGGACGAGUUGUCAAAUGCGAAGAAGGAGAUUGCAGUUAUGCAUCAGCGCGAGAGAGUUCUUUUGGAGGAAAAGCGAAAAAUAGAAUUAAAUUUUAUACAACUUCAAAAGAAACAUGUAACGGCGGACAGUCAAACAGCUCUUUUGCAAGAGCAACUACAAACUCAGGAAGCGAAGUUACAAAUUUUGGGUAAAUCUUCUCGCCAAGAAAUGGAGAAUAUGAAAAUGAAGUUGAACAAUUUUAUAGAGAAGUAUGAAGAAGCCGAAGCAAGAGUGAGUGCUUUUUCGAAAUCUAUGCGAGACUCUGAAAAUAUUCAGUGCAAUCUACGAGAAGCAUAUCAAAGGGCAAAGGCUGCCUUGGAAGAAGCCAAACAGCGCUGUUCCAAGGAUACGGAGACGAUACAGAAAUUGCUGGAGGAACGUCAGAAUCUGGAAAACGAAAGGGAGGUUAUUGUGCAGAAAUACAACCGCGUCCAGGAAAUGCUGAAAUCUCUAAAGAAGGACAGUGUGGGAAAAUUUCCCGACGAAAUACAAAAGUUGUCUGAUUUAUGUUUUCAACAGGAGGUUGAGUUGCAGCAACUUCGUCAUCAGAAUAUUAUUUUGAAAAAGUGCAUCAAAAAACUACCGGUUACUGCCAAUGCCGAUAACCAAAUAGAGCGUCCAGUCUUUGUCGAACGUCUGAAUUUAGCGGAGGGCCCUCUCCGUCGUCCGAAGAAGCGGUCAGUAUUGAAUGAGGAUACAAGGUAA